ACCAAACCAAUCAAUAUGCAGUCCAACAAAGUUAUCUUCCUAGUCUUCGGUGUCCUGGCUCUGGUCAUUGCCGCAAGCCUGUCCACUGAGGCUGUGGAGCAAGACAGCGAAGGCAUCAGCGAUCGUCGCUAUCGUUGGGCUUCGGAAGAGGACAACUCGCAAGCCUCAGAAGAAGAUGCUGACGAGGAAGAUCAGGAUGAUCAGAGCAACAAUUCUGGUGAUGAUGGCACCUGGGAAGAGGAAAUCAUUGAAUAUGUGCCAGCCGAACAGUCCUGGGAAGACCUGGAGAGUGGCUCUGCUGAAGCUUAAAUCAAUUUAAAUGUUUUGUAAUAUUGUUUCUAAU